GCUGCUAGUGUGCAAGUCAGUGAUACGAUAGUGUGCGUAGACAUGUGUUGAGGUAGCAGCAGUAGCCCAGUUGAGUCCAGCCGAAUGGAUGGCGUGUACUAAUCGUAGUGUCCCUGUUCUGGCGAUAGUAUGACGUGCCGACGUCGUAGUGUGCUUGUGCUGGAGCUAUUCGAUGAGACGAUAGGCUUUCCCCACAACAACAACAACGGCCCGGGAAAGUGUCCGUGUUGUUUGCAGGGCAGCGGCAGCGCGGAGCGAGGGUAGAGGGUGCAACGAGUGUGCGGGUUGCCAAGCGUGUGAGUCGUGUAGGUCGAGUCGAAUCCCGCGUCGCGAUCGAUCGAUCGGUCGAUCGAGUUUGAAAUUAGAUUUCUGCGCAAGGCGCAAGGCAGUGAGUGGAGGAAAAUGCAGUGUGUAAGUGUGAGACAGAAGCUGUGCGGUGUGGUGAUGGUGAUGGUGGGACUGCUGGCAGUGACGGCGAUCGAACAGAUCGGUGCGCACAGUCCGGGGCCGGGGCCAGGGCCGGGGCCGGGCGUAGUGAUUGCCCGGCGCCGUUCGUCCAGCGGUGACGGGGCAAUGCAGUCGCGGGCGGUCGAGACGCGUGUCCAGUUUAACAUCUUCGAGAAUGAGCCGCGGGGUACGGUGGUCGGUUACAUACCGACCAAGCCCGGCUUCACGUAUCGCUUCAACGAACCACCGAGGGAUUUCGUGCUGGACGCUAGCACCGGCGAGAUCAAGACGAAUGCCGUGCUCGAUCGAGAGGCGAUCCGGAACGAUCGUUACGAUCUCGUUAUCCUCUCUAGUCAACCGACGUACCCGAUCGAGGUGCGCAUCACCGUGAUCGAUGUGAACGACAAUGCGCCCGAGUUUCCGGAACCGACGAUCGCCGUCUCCUUCUCGGAGAGUGCGAUCACCGGUACGCGGUUACUGCUGGAUGCGGCCACCGAUCGGGAUACGGGCGAGAACGGUGUGACGGACGAUUACCAGAUCGUCGAUGGGAAUCAUGAUGACAAGUUCCGGCUGGCGGUCACGACCAGCCCGAACGGGGACGUCUACUAUCUGCAUCUGGAGACGACCGGGAAGCUGGACCGGGAAACGCGCGGUUUCUAUGCGCUCAACAUUUCGGCCAAGGACGGUGGAAGCCCGGCCCGGUACGGUUAUCUGCAGGUUAACGUCACGAUCCUGGAUGUGAACGAUAAUCCGCCGAUCUUCGACCACAGCGAUUACAUUGUGUCGCUGAACGAAAGUGUCCUCCCGGGGACGCCGGUACUGCAGGUGAUGGCGUCGGACAAUGAUCUGGGUGAUAAUAGCAAAAUCACUUACUAUCUGGCCGACAGUGAGACGCAGUUUACGGUCGAUCCGGAAACGGGAGUGAUCGCGACGACGGAACAGCUGACCUGCCCGCACCAGAACUGCCAGUCGCUGUCCCGGCCCGACGGUACCUGCCCGAAGAGCUGCGUGUUUACGGUGUUUGCACGGGAUCACGGAACGCCCCGGCAGGAUGGGCGUACGUACGUGACGGUCAAUCUGGUCGAUACCAAUGAUCAUGAUCCGGUGAUACGGUUCCAGUACUUUCCACCGACCGGUAGCUUCGCGACGGUCGAUGAGAAUGCGGCCAACAGUAGCGUGGUGGCGGCCGUGUCCGUGGUCGACAUGGACGAGGGGCUGAAUGGGGACACGAGCCUGAAGAUUAUUGCCGGAAACGAUCUGCAGCACUUCCGGCUCGAGAAGUCACCGAGUUUCUACAUCGUGCGCGUCAACGGGGUGCUGGAUCGGGAGGAGAUUGGCAAGUACAACCUGACGGUGGUGGCGAUCGAUCGCGGUACCCCGCCACGCAGUGCAACGGCCCAUCUCAUCAUCCACGUGAACGAUGUCAACGAUCACGAGCCGGUGUUUGAGAAGUCGGAGUAUUCGGCGGUACUGAGUGAGCUGGCACCACCGGGCACGUACGUCGCGAGUAUUACGGCCAGCGAUGAGGAUACGGGCGUGAAUGCGCAGAUCUUUUACGACUUUGUGUCGGGUAAUCGGGAGCAGUGGUUUCGGAUUGAUCCGACGUCCGGUCUGAUCACGACACAGGCUGCGCUCGAUCGGGAAGUGCACGGCCACAUCGAGCUGAGUAUCUCGGCCAGGGAUGGUGGCCCGAAUCCGAAGUGGGCCCACACACAGCUCAAGGUGACGAUCCUGGAUGAGAACGAUGAGGCACCGCGGUUCGCACAGUCCCAGCUGAACGUGACGCUGAACGAGAACGCCAAGGUGAACACGGUCGUCGUUUCGUUGACGGCCGUCGACCAUGAUCAGGGUACGAACGGGAGCAUCACCUACGCCCUGCAUCCGAGCGUGGAGAAAAGCUAUCCGGGAGUGUUGGCGAUCGAUCCGGUGUCCGGUCAGCUCACCACCCGGAUGGCACUCGAUCGGGAACGGGUCGCGGCGUAUGACAUACAGAUUGUGGCACGGGAUCACGGUUCACCACCGCAAUCAUCGACCGCGACCGUACACCUACGGG